AAGGCAGACUCCAAAGCGUCCAGUUAUAAGGCAGAUGUCACAAUGUCUACCUCCAUGGCAAGUAUCAUUGUGGCCAACCUCACAGCAUCCAGAGACAAGGCAAACACAGGGCCUAUUCACACUGUAGCCAACCUUAGGGGCUCUACCUACAUAGCAGCCCAGAACCCAGUGACCAUCCGCUCUGCAGACUUUACAAUGCCUAUCCACAUAGAGAAGCAUGUAGGUCCUAUCCAUACAACACAUCUCAGGGUUCCUGUCCACAUUGCCGACACUAUGGCGCCCAUCCUUGGGGCAGAUGUCACUGUGCCCAUCCACACAGCAGAUAUCACAGUGCCUGUCCACAUGGCAGACAUCACUGUACCCAUCCACACGGCCAAUUGCGUGGGCUCUGUGCACUUUGCAGACAUCACAGAGUCCCUACAAAUACCAAAUACCCCAAUGCCUGUCCACACAUCCAAUUUCUCAGGCCCCAUCCGCACAGCAGACUUCACAGUGCCUAUCCAAAUGGCAGACCCUAUGGUACCUGUACACUCCAGCUUCACAGGUCCUGUCCACACUGCAGACCUCACAGUGCCUGUCCACAUGGCGGAUGUGACAGCCCCCAUUGUCACGGCAGAUGUUACAGUGCCCGUCCACACAGCAGACAUCACAUUGCCAGUCCACCGGGCAAGCAUCACGGUGCCUAGCAAUACAGCAAUUCCCCCCAAUUUCCAGGAGCUGAUGAACAAUCUUGUGAGUGAAUCCUUCAGCUUGCUGAAACUGGUUGGUUCAGCCCAUUGCCAGCCACGGGAAAGACCCUGUGCCAGGAAUGAUGAUGAUGACGAUGAAGAUGUUGACAAUGACAAUGACAACGACUUGUCUCCAGCAGCCUCUGCAUUCUGAUCCCAACUCUAGAACUGAAUAGCUGUGUGACCCUAGAACUACCACUCACCCGUUUCAUGUGAUGGCACCAUUUAAUAUGCAGUGGAGAAACAGGCUACCAAGAUGAAGCUAAGAGGCCAGGACAACAUGAACCAUGGAAAAGCUUUUCAUCUAUAUCCUAUGAGGCAUCCUGAGGCAAAUGAGGGAAGAAUAUGGAGAACCUGUACCAUUCAAUCAGCCACUUGGGGACCCCAGGACCCUGUCCUUGGGCUUCUCAGGUGAAAAGGUUGUCAACCUGGGGGGGCAGUACUCAUCCCUUACGCUUGAAAGAAACCACUUGAACAAAUGCCUCAAAACCAAUAGCAAGAUUAAAAGAGGAGAUACCAUAAUAAAGACCAAAGAGAGAGAAACUU